CGAGACACUUCCUGUAAGAAGCUGGGUAACUAAAGAAGACUGUAUAAGUUGUUUGUUGAAUCUGUGAACAUUGGGUGGUUUUGAAUUUGACCACAGCGAUGCGAAACCAAUAUUACUGCUAUUAGUAGCUGUCAGAUAUGAACAGAAAACGGGCUCUGAUUUCAGACACUUUCAUGGUGAAGAAAAGAAGAGAUGGCACAACGAAGUUUGGGGCUGUCAGUGAUGGAGAUGAAGGACCGCCUGACAUCAAGUGCACCCUUGAGUACCUCAUGACACUGUUUCCCAGGAAGCUCUUCAAUGACACCUUGCCUCAAAUUGUUCUUAAGCACCAACUCUACAGUAUACACAAAGACAAGACUUUGGUGGACAAGGAGCUGAAUAAGCUGCGGGAACAAGGAGAACUGCUGAUGUUCCAGCUCGGGUUUGACGCAGAAGCUUUUGGGCUGAUUUUUGCUUCAGAUUACAAGGCCAAGGUGCUGGCAGGGGAGAAGGGCAGAGCGACACAGGCGACUGUGGAGAAGUUCUUGGAGAAAGUGGUGUCGUCUUGCACAGAUCUGAGCUUCAGCAAAGACAAGAUACUCAGGGAGUUCCACUUCACAGACUCGGAGAUAACGCAGCUGGUUAAGUCAGGGGUCCUGACAGUGAGGGACGCAGGCAGCUGGUGGCUUUCCAUUCCCAACUCUGGCAAAUUCACCAAGUACUUUAUACAAGGCCGUAAAGCAGUGCUCGGCAUGGUGAAGAAGUCCAAAUAUAGUGAAGUCUUAAAGGCAGAGCUAGAGGAGCGGCGCACAACGGCGCAUGUGAAAUUCCACAUGAAAUACCACAUCCAUGACAUUGUUGGUGCAGAGCUGGUAGAGAGCAUACCGACAACUUCAGGGACACUGUUGCGAUUUGUCAAUUCCUGAACCGCAGCAACAAGACUUACAUCGGUGUUUGGUCGAAGCCAGUGAGCGACCGAAGAUGAGAAAUGCAUAAGAUGGUCAAAGACUGUUUGUAAGAGGACAGAGUAAAUUAAUUUCAGAUUUAGGUUCUGUGCCAAAUGUAUUAUAAAACCUUGUGGGUUUAUGAAUUGUCAAUGAUGUUGACAUGACCUUGUUUGGUUUGUCUUGUAAUAAAUAUUCAAAGUUU